AAAACUGCAAUGUGUUACCAUUCAAAUUGACAAUAAGUCACAGAAAAUGCUAGCUUAAUAAAAUCAUUAAGUAGCCAAAUGUUGAACUUGCGAACAUGAUAAAUUGGAAAAUAUUUACAUUUCUAGUGUAUUUUUUCUGCUUUCCAGCUUUGCAUGAUACAGACAUGUCAUUUUUCACAGUUGGACCUAUCAAAGAUGUUAUUCAAAAAGGGAGGCAACUAUUUUUGGAUCAAGGUGCUCAAAAUAUAGUAAAAUCUGGUACAGUUCCUUACAACAGUAGUUUGGCAGUCAGUUAUGGGAAGUUAGACAAAGAAAACUUCAUAAUGAUGGGUCAUUAUGUACAGGUGAUGAUGGUUAUAUGCAAGGAUAUUCUUCUGGGUUACAGCGAAGAAAAUCCAAUUCAAAUAAAAGAUUUCAUUCACCAAAUGAAACAUUCGGGGCUUCUCCAAGUCGCUGACAGAACGCAAAUACAACAAAUAAGCAUUGAUUUUCUAAGUCCUGACAAAAUGGCUGAAAGGCUACAAAACAGAUAUCAGCAGGAUUUAGUGAAAAAGGAGGACAUAUUACAAGGUUUUGGACUGGAAUUACAAGAUUUUGCCAAUAUUAUUUCUACUGCAGAUACCGACGAAAUUUUAAACAACCAGACUGUACUUGACAUCAACUUGUUAGUACUUCCUGCGGACUUUGAUGAUCAUUUGAAGGUACACCACCUAGAAUUUGAAAUUCAUAGACAAUCAUAUCAUGCCCCAGGAUUUGAAACAAACCAAAAUUUCGUCAAUGGUACAUUUUACAGCAUUGAGUUUGAACCGAAUGAAGACGCAAUCGAUCAACAGAACCCGGAAUCAUAUCAAGUGCCCGUAGUUAACAUGUUAACUCAUAUGCCUUCCAAAGACGAACUAUAAACUUUUUAUAGAAUAUUUUUAUUCUUCUUCUCAUUAUUAUUAUUAUUAUUAUUAUUAUUAUUAUUAUUAUUAUUGUUGUUGUUGUUGUUGUUGUUGUUGUUGUUGUUGUUGUUGUUGUCUUUUCUUGUCUUUUUAGGAAUAUGAAAUUACAAGGAGGAGAGGAUUUCCAGUCCAUUCGCUCCCGCCCCUUUUAGUCGCCUCUUAUGCCACGCAGGGAAUACAGCGACUGCAUUGUACCAGUCUCCCACCCCAGUCGCAGUGGGUUUGCUAGUUAACCCAUAGCUGGGACCACUCCGGGCCAGAGCAGACCUGGCAACAGCAGUGGCUAAGUGGUGGUUCCACACUCCUCAAACCCUGAAAUCAGAGCCCCAAGGUCCCAAUACCGGAUGUAGUUUAUAGUUAUACCCAAGCAUAGAACAAGGCUCACCUUUUCGAACUAGAAAAUGAAUGGAAUGACUCGUGUGUGUUUUGUUGUUGCUACCGACUCCUAAAAAUGAGGAUUAGG